AUGGCUGCCGCAACUAUUAAACUAGGAAAGCGGAUUAUAGGCUACCCAGAGGAGAGGGUGCCAGUCAUAUCCGUCCAGGAAUGGGCGGACAAAACCUUCACCGAUCCACUACACACCCUCCUGCAAUAUCUGAGCAGCCUUUUCCCCAUCAUUGGAUGGGCAUCUCGCUAUAACCUCGGAUGGGCGAGCGGUGAUGUCGUCGCCGGUCUGACAGUCGGCCUGGUCCUUGUCCCUCAAAGCAUGUCCUACGCGCAGAUCGCAACGCUUCCACCUGAAUACGGCCUCUAUUCUUCCUUCGUCGGCGUGCUGAUAUAUUGCUUUUUCGCAACUUCGAAAGACGUGUCUAUCGGACCUGUCGCCGUUAUGUCGCUUACCGUCUCGCAAAUAAUCAGGUUUGUAAACGAACAUCACCCCGACGAAUGGAGUGGACCCCAGAUUGCUACUACCGUUGCAUUCAUAUGCGGAUUUAUUGUGCUUGGUCUUGGUCUACUGCGCCUGGGCUGGUUAGUGGAAUUUAUACCAGCACCUGCGGUCAGUGGCUUUAUGACUGGCUCGGCCAUAAACAUCGUCUCCGGCCAAGUUCCUGGCCUGAUGGGAAUCACAGGCUUUGAUACUCGAGCGGCAACAUACAAAGUAAUAAUAGAUACCCUCAAGGGCCUCCCGAGGACCAAACUUGACGCUGCCUUCGGGUUGACUGCUUUGGUCUCGUUGUAUAUUAUUCGCUUUGUCCUGGAGCGUCUGUCACAUCGAUAUCCAAGAAGGGCCCGCCUAUUUUUUUUCAUCUCGGUCAUGCGAAACGGUCUGGUCAUCAUUAUAUUGACAAUAGCAUCCUGGCUCUACACACGGCACAGAAGAAGUGCGCAUGGGACUUACCCAAUCAAGAUUUUGGGCACUGUCCCCCGAGGAUUCAAGCACAUUGGGCAGCCGAUCAUAGACAAGAAAUUGAUCAGCGUCCUUGCGCCUGAAUUACCUGUGGCGACAAUCAUCCUUCUUCUCGAGCACAUCGCCAUAUCAAAAUCUUUUGGCAGAGUGAAUGGGUACAAGAUCAACCCCAAUCAGGAAUUGAUCGCUAUCGGUGUAACUAACACCAUUGGUACGGUCUUCGGAGCAUAUCCUGCGACAGGAUCGUUCUCUCGCUCUGCCCUCCAGUCAAAGUCGGGUUCCCGGUCUCCCGCUGCAGGUCUUUUCAGUGCCAUCGUGGUCAUAGUGGCGUUGUAUGGCCUAACACCUGCCUUCUACUGGAUUCCCACUGCCGCCCUCUCGGCCGUCAUCAUUCACGCAGUCGCAGAUCUGGUAGCGUCACCCAAGCAGGUGUACUCCUUCUGGCGGGUAUCACCCUUGGAGUUCGUUAUCUGGUUGGCAGCGGUGUUAACCACCGUAUUCUCGACCAUCGAGAACGGGAUAUACGCCUCCAUUGCGGCUUCGCUCGUCCUCUUGCUCGUGCGCGUGGCGCGCCCUCGUGGGCACUUCCUCGGCAAGAUAACGGUCCACGCUGACGAUAAGUCAAGAGAGGUUUAUGUCCCACUCAAGCCUGAUAGCGGGGUGAUGAACCCGCAUAUGAAGGUCCACCCACCUGCGCCCGGCGUUGUGCUUUACCGGUUCGAGGAGAGCUAUCUGUAUCCCAACUCUUCACUGGUGAAUGACGCCAUUGUCGACUUUGUCAAGCAGCGCACGCGGCGGGGGAAGGACAUGUCCAGUAUCAAGGCUAGUGAUCGGCCGUGGAACGAUCCUGGACCAGCCAAUGGAGGUGCAGAUGAUUCGCAGGACGACAAGAAGCCUGUGGUGCGAGCAGUAGUCCUUGACUUCUCCGCGGUCUCUCACAUCGACACUACGGGUGUCCAAUCCUUACUUGAUACUCGAGUAGAGGUCGAGAGAUGGGCAGACGGACCAGUAGAGUUCCACUUCGCAUGCAUUCUGUCGCCCUGGAUCCGUCGAGCUUUGAUCGCCGCUGGUUUUGGCACUGGUACUCCGUCUGCGAAGCUGCCUCAAGAAAUCGCACCCGUGGUACCCGACCAUGACGGCUACCUGUCAUCUGAUUCCGAUAUCACAGACGAAAGUCUAGGAUAUGCUCACGGCAAAGACGCCGGGCCUCUCGUGCCCUCUGCAACCCCCUUCUUCCACUUCGACCUGGCAGCAGCGGUUCGUGCAGCUGAAAGCGGCGUUAACCAUGAGCCUACCUUGGGAGAUACGGAUUGA